GUUGCUCUGAAUAAAAGUUGCCAUAAACUAUUCAGCCGUAAUAAAUAUCUGUCUAGAUCAUGUUCUCCUCUGAGACAGCCCAACUGGGAGCAAUCUCAGUUAGAACGACCGAAAAAUAUAACGUACAUUUACAAAUACUUGCCCCCUCAAAAUAACGUAUUAGGGAGCGCCGAGUAUGACAUAAAUAGUGGCGGUGUGGAAGUCAGUCGACUAUAUAAAAAUGAGGUUGUGAGGGAUAUUACGGCGGCGGCAGGGCGCCGGCGCCGGGGCUCUCGCCCUUGCUCUCGCAGUUCGCGGGCAGACCCGUCGGCGCCCGCUGUGUCGUUGGCCGUCCGCUCCGCCUUGCGCGAUACGACAACACUCGCCCGCGACGCUUCCCGCGAGCGUUCGCCCCUCGCGCGACUCACGACCGAGAUCCUUGUUCCGCCAGGUGAGCGCGAGCAUGACUGAGAGCUUCCGAGCACCAAACGCGCCUACUUGAAGUGUCUGUGCCGGAGUGAAAACAACAUGAUUCAAACAAGUAGAACACAUGACAUCAGUGCUGUUGUGAACCACGAUUGUAUAUCUCCGUUAACUCAACCGAUCCUGGUUUUUAAUCCAGCAUAGACUCAGCCAAGCAGAAGACAAUGAGUCUAACUCCAAUAAAAUAUUUACUUUUUGUAUUUUUAUCAUUUUGGCAAGUUAGCAAUCUAGCAUCGACAUGUCCAGAAAAAUGUACGUGCCAUAACAAUUUAACAUUAUCUCUAAAAUGUUCCUACAAUGUAACAUUGAAAGAAAAUCAGAACGUGUAUCACGUGUCGGUGUGUUGCGACGACGAAGAGCAAACAUGGAGGCAGGAGUUCGCAAACAAAACGCUAUCAGAAGUGAUGGUCCGCUAUUGCAGCGCGUGUGGCAGCGCCGACCUCGCAUCGCCGGCACUCGACACCUAUUCGCUAGUUAUCACAAACAACAACCUUUCCAAAAUAGCGAUCAACGUCAACAACCGAAACUUACGACAGAUAGACUUAUCUGAUAAUAGACUGAAAUCCAUUACAAAAGGCCUCGUUAAUAAUUUUUCGUCUCUCCAGAAACUAAUUUUAAGUAGAAAUGAAAUAAUUAACAUAUUUCCGGGAAGUUUUAAUGGACUAUCAAAAUUAGAAUUGCUGGAUUUAUCGGAAAACAACCUAACGAUCUUAGCGAACGUUUUUACGCCGCUUAAAAACCUUCAGCAUCUAAAUUUAAGUAGAAACAACAUCGAGUUUAUCCACGAGAACUACUUCAACAAUUGGUUGUUGCAACACUUGGACGUGUCGCAUAACAAUCUGAAGAAGAUGGAGCCUGGCGCGUUGCAGUUGUUGCCCAACCUCGCGCGGCUGCUGCUAACUGACAAUCCUCAUUUAGGAAUCACGCAACUAGACCGGCAGCUGCUGGUCGGCACGGGGCGGCGGCUGCAGCAAAUCGAUGCGUCGCGCACCGGCCUCUACCAGGUGCCCGAGGCCUUCACCCACUCUGUGCGCUUCCUGUCGCUCGUCGGCAACCAGAUAUCAUCCGUCAGGUGCGGCGAUCUCGACAGCUACCCGUUAUUGCAGUCUCUCGACUUCUCUGAUAACAAAAUUGUUUCGGUUGAGGAUGACUCUUUGGGCAGAUUAGAAAUGCUCUUAUUACUAAACAUUAAUAAGAACAUUUUAACAACCAUACCUAAAUCUCUACCUGAUGAGCUGAAAUAUUUAUCCGUUAAUGAUAAUCUUGUGAAGAACUUAUCUCGACACGACUUCAGAAACUUACCAAAUUUGAGAAUAUUGUUAUUAAAAAACAAUCAAAUACGAUACAUUGAAGACCAUGUAUUCGACGAUUUGUUGUCUCUCGAAAUGCUGGAUUUGUCAAAUAAUCCGAUACAAGUUUUAUCGUCGAAUACUUUUGACGGACCUCUGUCCCUUCGCGACUUAAGACUGUGCUACCUGAACGUGUCAGUGCCGGCGCAGGACGGCUCGUUCCCCGUGCCGGCCCCGGAGAGCGUGCAGAUGCUGCACCUGCAGGCUAGCCCCGGCCUCGCGCGCCAGCUGCUCGCCGACUCCGCCGCGCUGGCCGCCUUCUCACAUCUGCAAUACCUCGACUUAAGAAUGAAUAAUCUAUCGGAAAUAAGAAACGACUUGCUUUUCUAUCUUAGUCAGUUAAAAACUUUGAGAUUACACGGCAAUAGCCUUAAUUGUAGCGCCAAAAUGUGGCUAAAAGACUGGAUGAAUUGGAACCAGUCCACAUCAAACGGCGAAAGCUGUUAUUACUCUACUUCAGAAGCCAAAGAGGAUAUAAUCAAAUACAACUGUACUUUUCCGGAAACGUUCACCAUAAGCGAAAGCUUACCGCCGGUGAAUUUAUAUAGCACUGAAAUGAUAAAUAAAUUGUUGAGGUACUAUGGGUAUCUCAAUAAUAAAACAGAGAAAAGUUACGACUAUAGCAAACGUGACAAGAUUAAACAUAAUUCUGUUAGCUACGACUACGAGUCGAAAUUGAACAAAACUAUUGCCAAAUAUACGAAAUAUGCUAAUAGUUCCAUCUCUAGUGAAAAGAAAGAUGCGCUUAAGAUGAAAAAUACGUUAAAAUUCCCAUAUAAUGACUACUUGAAUGAAACCAUGGCCAUCAAAUCACGAGAGUCGUCAAAAAUAUUGGAGCAAAACAAACUUUUACACGAUCAAUUAAAUAUAGAUCAAAGGUUUUUAGAUACAGAGCCUAAUUUAUCUCCAGCAUGGCGGGACUCGAAAAAAGGGAAUGAAAAUGACAUUCCAGAAAUUCAGCAAAAUAAUAAAUCUGGUAAGCGCUUGAAUACACCAGUGGAAGCUAAAAAACUUUUACAAAUGAACUUAGUGAAAAAUGAAUCUCACCCGGCGACCCUUUUAAAUGUAACUCAUAAUGAAAUAGGGCUUGCCGUCGCAGACGGCAAUCAGACUGCGGAUGCGAACGAAAAAUCACAGUUUUCGCCGUAUCAGUCGCCUCACACAAACUAUGCGCAAUACAUGGGCACAGUCGCCGUGUCCGUACUGAUAGUAAUGUCUUUGAUCCUUUGGAUCAGUUUUCGCCUGAGAUAUAGGAGAAGGCGGGUGCCAAUCGUGGAGGUGGAGGCUGAGGACCAAAUAGAGGUGUCGAAUAUAUCAGGUGGAGUGCUGUGGUGACACCUGCGCGCAGCCGACCCCACACCCUUCGAAUACGACUCGCUUCUGACGUAGCACCAGUUGCGGAGCGGUCGGCUGCACGCUGUACGGGAGCUGUUAUGUGAUAUAAUCGGACGUACAUAUUUUUCUAUGGAAUAAGUACAAAGUUGGAUGGGCAGCGAUGCUUAUACUUGUUUGUGUCUAAAGUGUAAAUAACCUUUGUUAACUAACUUAGGACAUAGAGAUACGUAUUUUUGUGUAAAGUCGUAGCAUUGUGAUCAUUAAGGUUUGUUUGAGUAUAGGUAAGUGUACCUAUGACCUAUAUUUUUUAAGAGAUACGUAUUAAUAAUUAAUGUUGCUAUAAAACAUUAACAUAGAGCAGAUCUCGUCUUCCUUGUUAACCCUUUCAUUGUAAUAAAUACCUAACAUAAGCUAUCUUGUAAACGAUCAUACCGUGGUCAGGUCAUGUAGUGCCAAAACGUUUGGAAUCGUACAUUUGUGAUCCCUGUGUUUAUACAAAAAUUGUUGUCGAAAUAUUUAUUAAUAGCAAAAGUUA